UAAAGGCGGCUCCUUCCCCGGGCUGCUGCUCCCGCCGCCGCAUCUUCGCCGCCGCCGUGAUGGCCUGGCCGCCACUCGUGCUGCUCCUGCCUCUGCUGCUGCUGGAAGUCCCCGCGGCGGGGCGGGCGUCCCCGCUGGAAAUGCGCCCCGAGGGGGCGGCCGCCUGCCAGGCGGGUCAGAUGUGCCUGCCGCGGUCCCUUAGGAAGUCUGACGCCCCGCUUGUCAACGUGAGCCUCUACUAUGAGUCGCUGUGUUCUGGCUGCCGGUACUUCCUGGUCAGAGAGCUCUUCCCGACGUGGCUGAUGGUCCUGGAGAUUCUCAAUGUCACACUGGUGCCUUAUGGAAAUGCCCAGGAACAAAACAUCAGUGGCAGGUGGGAGUUCACGUGCCAGCAUGGUGAGCUGGAGUGCAAACUCAACAAGAUGGAGGCCUGCCUUUUGGACCAGCUAAAGCCAAAAGCGGCCUUCCUGGCUGUUGUCUGCUUGGAGGGAAUGGAUGACAUGGAGAAAAAUCUGAAGCCGUGCCUGCAGCUCUACGCCCCAAAGGUGUCCCCGGACACCAUCAUGGAGUGCACAAUGGGGGACCGUGGCAUGCAACUCAUGCAUGCCAAUGCCCAGCUUACAAACGAUCUACAGCCGCCCCACAAAUAUGUGCCCUGGGUCGUUGUCAAUGGGAAACCCUUGAGAGAUCUGAGCCAGCUCCUAAGCCUUGUCUGCCGGUUGUACCAGGGUGAGAAGCCAGAAGUCUGCCAACACCUGGCCAGCUCCCAGAGGGAAGUCCGUUUCAAGUGAGGCCGGUGCCCUGGAGGAAGCUGAUGGAAGAAGAGCAAGAGUUCACCACCCUUAUUCUUUUGAUCACUGACCCUCAGCAGCUUCUGCUCAUUGUCCAGGCAAACUCAACACAUUCCAUGAAGCCCACACUCAAAAUUCAGCCCCAAGAUCAAGAAUCUUGCCCCAAUGAGAACGGUGCUAUGUUGAAACCAGUUUAAUAAACACUUCUGAAUGUUGUGAUUCAUUUGA